AAAUGUAGCAGCGUGUCACGAAAGAGAAAGAAAAAGAAAGAAAGAGAGAGAGAGAGAGAGAGAGAGAGAACGCGUGCGCAACCCUCGCCGAACACGUGCCGAAGGAAUGAGCUUUUCCACGAUCAUUCCUCGAGAAGUUGCAGUAGCGCGCGCGCUUUCGCUUCCAAAAGACUACUACGAUCCGUUGUUCUUUCUCUUUAUUAUUCUUUUAUUUAUCUAAAAAAUGUAAAGAGAAAAUUUAGGAAGAAGUUACACGCUAGGUUUCAAAAAAAAAAAAAAAAGAAAAGAAGAAGAAAAACAAAGAAUUUAGUCUUCUAAUUCAUGCUCUUAAAGUUUUAUAUAUAAAACAUAUAUAAAAAUUUUGUAUAUAUAUAUAUAUAUAUAAAACAAUUGGAUCAUGAUUACCAGAGAAUCAACAAAUCGUUGCAUUGAAAAGAUCUAAAUAAAAAUGAGCAAAGACGGUAGUAGUGGAGAAUCAGGCUGCCAAGACUCAUCCGCUGGCGGUAGUCCAGGGGAUGCUGCCGUGAAAGAUGUAAAUGCUAGUAUUUACGAGAGCAAAGAACCGAAAAAAAUAGUGCGCAUUAUAACGGUCCUGGCGUACAUGUUCUCCGUAAGUUUCGUCGCAAUCGUAUUAAGCGCUUAUUAUAUAUUCCUUUGGGAACCACCGAAUCCACGACUUAUGCACGGCACCGCGAUUCGUUUAAGGGCCGAUCCGCAAUUAAGUUUUCUUCGUGUCGAAUUACCAUCCAAAACGCAUUUAAAAGAAACGAUCUCACAGGAUUCAUCAUCGAGUAAUAAUAAUUCUAUCGAAAGAACACGGGAACACAAGCAGGAACGUACUCUCGAUUACGAUGGUUUCGAGGAAUCAUUAACGUCCUUGAAAACUACCCUGGCCGAACUUAUACGCGAGAGAAACAACAACAAUGAUUCUUCCUCGAUCGGAGAAUAUUUUAUUACACGUGGUAACAAUGAAAAUUACGAGAAGAUAAAUGAGAAACUAAAUUCACGAUGGAAAAAUCUUCAAAAGAAUUAUAACACAACGAGAUAUUCAAUCGAUCGACGAGAGAAAAAGGACGAAUUGGAGGAUACGACUUUAACGGAUAAAAUUAUUUAUAACAAUUCGAUGGAUGAUCGACGACAAAACGAAGAGGGAAAUAAUAAAGAAAAAACUCAGAUUGAAAAGAUGACUGCUAAAUCAAUGACAACGAAUGGUACAAUGGACGACACGUCAGAAAUGUCUAUAACUACUCUACGUGAAAAAAGUCUUUUCCAAAUAUUAACCGAAAGUACCAAAUCCAAAGAAGUAUUACCUUAUGUAUCUUCCUCAGUUGCGUCUACGGAACUUCAAAUGGUCGAUGUUGUUGCCAUUACCGAGACAUAUGAAGAGAAUAAAAGUCGGAAUUAAUUGUGGAUUAUUCAAUUUUUUUUUUUUUUUUUUUUUUUUUUUUCAAUCAUUGUACAGCGUCAGUUCUUUAACCGAUGCUCUUAAUUUUAUCAAUGUAUAUAUACAUAGUUUAUUGAAUCGAUUGAAUCGAUAUACGCAAAAUAUAUUCUUCCAUUUUUUAAUAA